UUUUAUCUGCUAGUACUAAAAUUUCUCUCCAAAAAAUUUAAACAAAUCCCAAUCAUUAUCAUCCACGCGCAUAUCUACGCGCCAUUACACCUUAUUCAUCUUCUUCCAUAUUCCAUCUAUACGUUCCACUACAACUUUUUCCCCUUUUUACCAACGUACCCCUCUGCCCUCAGAUCUCUCCUCAUGCAACAAUGAGCCACCGGCAACGUUCAACGCCGCCGGGGGCACAACAAAUUCCGGUAGAUGAAGAACCAUACAACAUUAUUCCGAUACAUAAUCUCUUAGCUGACCACCCUUCUCUCCGUUUCCCUGAAGUACGCGCCGCCACUGCAGCUCUACGCGCCGUCGGUGACUUACGUAGACCUCCAUUUGCGCCGUGGAAAUCUCAUUAUGACCUGCUUGACUGGCUUUGUUUGUUCUUCGGUUUUCAGGAUUCUAAUGUACGGAAUCAAAGGGAGCAUAUUGUGCUUCAUUUAGCUAAUGCUCAGAUGCGCUUAACUCCGCCGCCGGAUAAUAUUGACUCUCUGGACCCUGCCGUUCUCCGUCGUUUUCGACGUCAGCUUUUGAAGAAUUAUUCGGCGUGGUGCUCGUUUUUAGGGUUGAAAUCGAAUGUGUGGUUAUCUGAUAGGUCGAAUUCGUCGGAUCAUCGACGUGAGUUGCUUUAUGUAUCGCUUUAUCUUCUUAUUUGGGGUGAAUCAGCGAAUUUGCGCUUUGUUCCUGAAUGUUUGUGUUAUAUUUUUCAUAAUAUGGCUAUGGAAUUGAAUAAGAUUUUGGAGGAUUAUAUUGAUGAGAAUACUGGUAGGCCAUUUUUGCCAUCGAUUUCUGGUGAGAAUGCGUUUUUGAACCGGAUUGUUAAGCCGAUUUAUGAGACGAUUCGAGCUGAGGCUGAUAAUAGUCGGAAUGGAACUGCGCCGCAUUCUGCGUGGCGGAAUUAUGAUGAUAUUAAUGAGUAUUUUUGGAGUAAGAGGUGUUUUGAUAAGUUGAAGUGGCCUAUUGAUAUUGGGAGUACCUUUUUUGUGACUACUAAUAAAGGGAAGAAGGUGGGCAAGACGGGGUUUGUGGAGGUGAGGUCGUUUUUGAAUUUGUAUAGGAGUUUUGAUAAGCUAUGGAUUAUGCUGGCAUUGUUUUUACAGGCUGCGAUAAUUGUAGCUUGGGAGGGGAAGCAGUAUCCGUGGCAAGCUUUGGAGAGUAGGGAUGUUCAGGUGAGGGUGUUAACUAUCUUUUUCACAUGGAGCGGUAUGAGGUUUCUGCAGUCGUUGCUAGAUGUAGGAAUGCAGUAUCGUAUCAUCUCGAGGGAGACCCCGUGGCAUGGGGUGAGAAUGGUGUUGAAGAGUGUUGUUGCAGCAGGGUGGAUUCUGGUCUUCGGUGUAUUCUAUGGGAGGAUUUGGAGCCAGAGGAAUAACGAUAGGCGUUGGACCCCAGCUGCUAACAAGAGGGUGGUGAAUUUUCUUGAGGUUGCUCUUGUUUUCAUUGCUCCAGAACUGUUAGCCUUGGCACUCUUUAUUCUGCCAUGGGUCAGGAAUUUUCUUGAGAACACCAACUGGAGGAUAUUUUACCUGUUGUCUUGGUGGUUUCAGAGUCGGACCUUUGUGGGUCGUGGACUUAGGGAAGGCCUUGUCGAUAACAUAAAGUAUUCCCUCUUUUGGGUGGUAGUGCUUGCGACCAAAUUUUCCUUCAGUUAUUUCCUACAGAUCAAACCUAUGAUUGUUCCAACAAGAGCACUGUUGCGCCUCAAGGGUGUCAAGUACGAAUGGCAUGAAUUCUUUAACAACAGCAACAGGUUCUCAGUAGGAUUGCUCUGGCUUCCUGUUGUGCUGAUAUAUCUUAUGGAUAUUCAGAUUUGGUACUCAAUCUACUCUUCUUUUGUUGGGGCAACGGUUGGAUUAUUUGAUCACUUGGGAGAGAUACGGAACAUGCCACAGUUAAGGUUGAGAUUCCAAUUUUUUGCAAGUGCAAUUCAGUUUAAUCUGAUGCCAGAAGAGCAGUUGUUGAAUGCCCAAGGAACACUAAAAAGCAAAAUCAAGGACGCCAUCCUCCGUUUGAAACUCAGAUAUGGGUUUGGUCGACCAUUUAAAAAGCUUGAACCCAAUCAGGUAGAGGCGAACAAAUUUGCCUUGAUUUGGAAUGAGAUAAUUGCAACUUUCAGAGAAGAAGAUAUUCUGAGUGACCGUGAGGUUGAGUUGUUGGAGCUUCCCCAGAACACGUGGAAUGUUAGAGUGAUUCGUUGGCCAUGUUUGCUCCUCUGCAACGAGGUGCUGCUUGCACUCAGUCAGGCGAAGGAGCUGGUGGAUGCUCCUGAUAGGUGGCUCUGGCAUAAGAUCAGCAAGUAUGAAUACAGGCGGUGUGCUGUUAUUGAGGCUUAUGACAGCACGAGGCAUUUGCUGCUGGAAAUUGUCAAAGUGAACAGCGAGGAGCACUCCAUCAUAACAACCUUCUUUCAGCAGAUUGAUCAGUGGAUUCAGCUGGAGAAGUUCACAAAAUACUACAAUCUGACUGCUCUGCCCCAGAUCCGUGGAAAGUUGAUUACUCUUCUAGAUCUAAUACUCAAGCCAAAAAAGGAUGUUGACAAGAUUGUGAAUGUUCUCCAGGCCUUAUAUGAGGUUGCCACUCGGGAUUUUCUGAAAGAGAAAAUGACUGGAGAUCAGCUGAGAGAGGAAGGGCUGGCUCUUCAGGCUUCGGCGACUAGAUUGCUUUUUGAGAAUGUAGUUUCAUUGCCAGAUCCAGAGAAUGAGACAUUUUAUCGACAGGCUCGCCGCUUGAACACUAUUCUUACAUCUCGGGACUCUAUGAGUAAUAUCCCGAGAAAUCUUGAAGCGAGACGUCGACUUGCCUUCUUUAGCAAUUCUCUGUUUAUGAACAUGCCGCAUGCGCCUCAAGUUGAGAAGAUGAUGGCAUUCAGUGUUUUGACACCUUACUACAAUGAAGAAGUACUGUACAACAAGGAACAACUUAGAACUGAGAAUGAAGAUGGGAUUUCUACAUUAUAUUACUUGCAGACUAUUUAUGCUGAUGAGUGGGAAAAUUUCUUGCAGCGAAUGCGUAGAGAAGGAAUGGUUGAUGAGAAGAAAGAGUUAUGGACGACGAAGCUAAGAGAUCUUCGUCUCUGGGCAUCAUACAGAGGACAGACUCUUACUCGCACAGUUAGGGGGAUGAUGUACUACUAUCGAGCUCUCAAAAUGCUGGCCUUUCUGGAUUCUGCAUCUGAGAUGGAUAUCAGAGAAGGAUCAGUGGAACUUGGUUUUAUGAGGCAUGAUGGUAGCAUUGAUGGUUUAAGCUCAGAAAGGUCUCCGUCUUCGAGAAGGUUGAGCAGAGCUGACAGUUCAGUUAGUUUGUUGUUCAAAGGGCACGAGUAUGGGACUGCUUUAAUGAAAUUCACAUAUGUGGUAGCUUGUCAGAUAUAUGGUACUCAGAAAGCCAAAAAGGAUCCACAUGCAGAGGAAAUUUUGUAUCUGAUGAAAAAUAAUGAGGCCCUUCGUGUAGCUUAUGUUGAUGAGGUUCCCACGGGAAGGGAUGAGAAGGAUUAUUAUUCUGUGCUUGUGAAGUAUGAUCAAAAGCUUGAAAGGGAAGUUGAGAUCUAUCGAGUUAAGUUGCCUGGUCCUUUGAAGCUUGGGGAGGGGAAACCAGAAAAUCAAAACCAUGCCUUUAUAUUUACCCGUGGUGAUGCAGUUCAGACUAUCGACAUGAACCAAGAUAAUUACUUCGAAGAGGCACUGAAAAUGAGGAACUUGUUGCAAGAGUUCAAACGCUACUAUGGCAUUCGUAAGCCUACAAUUCUUGGAGUUCGGGAACAUAUAUUCACUGGUUCUGUCUCAUCCCUUGCUUGGUUCAUGUCAGCCCAGGAAAUGAGUUUUGUAACCCUGGGACAGCGUGUAUUAGCCAACCCCCUGAAAAUCCGAAUGCAUUAUGGACAUCCAGAUGUCUUUGACAGGUUUUGGUUUCUAACAAGGGGAGGAAUAAGCAAGGCAUCUAGAGUAAUCAACAUCAGUGAGGACAUUUUUGCUGGCUUCAACUGUACACUACGAGGUGGCAAUGUCACGCACCAUGAGUACAUACAAGUUGGCAAAGGAAGGGAUGUUGGGUUGAAUCAAAUAUCUAUGUUUGAAGCCAAGGUUGCCAGUGGCAAUGGUGAACAAGUUCUUAGCAGAGAUGUCUAUAGAUUGGGUCAUAGAUUGGAUUUCUUCAGAAUGCUUUCUUUCUUUUAUACUACUGUAGGAUUUUUCUUCAAUACAAUGAUGAUUGUCCUCACUGUAUAUGCAUUCUUAUGGGGACGGCUUUACCUUGCACUUAGUGGGGUUGAGGACUCCGUUGCGGCAAAUACCACCAAUAACAAAGCACUUGGUGCCAUACUGAACCAACAAUUUAUCAUCCAGCUGGGUCUUUUCACUGCGUUACCAAUGAUUGUGGAGAAUUCUCUCGAGCAUGGUUUUCUUACAUCUAUCUGGGAGUUUAUAACAAUGAUGCUUCAACUUUCAUCUGUAUUUUACACAUUCUCAAUGGGAACUCGUGCUCAUUAUUUUGGUCGUACUAUUCUUCACGGUGGCGCAAAAUACCGGGCUACUGGGCGUGGUUUUGUCGUGCAGCACAAAAGUUUUGCUGAGAAUUAUCGGUUAUAUGCUCGUAGCCAUUUUAUCAAGGCAAUUGAACUUGGUCUGAUACUCACAGUGUAUGCUGCAUACAGCCCUGUUGCUAAAGGAACUUUUACAUAUAUAGCACUGACUAUCUCAAGUUGGUUCCUGGUGGUGUCAUGGAUCUUGGGGCCCUUUGUGUUUAAUCCUUCUGGGUUUGAUUGGUUAAAGACAGUAUAUGAUUUUGAUGACUUCAUGAACUGGAUUUGGUACCGUGGUAGUGUUUUUGCAAAGGCAGAACAGAGCUGGAAAAAAUGGUGGGAGGAGGAACAGGAUCAUUUAAGAACGACAGGUCUGUGGGGAAAGAUACUGGAAAUUAUCCUAGACCUUCGCUUCUUCUUUUUCCAGUAUGGCAUUGUAUAUCAGUUGGGUAUUGCUGCCAGAAGCAAAAGCAUUGCUGUUUACUUGCUUUCUUGGAUUUAUGUUGUGGUGGCUCUUGGCUUUUUUAAUAUUACAGCUUAUGCUCGGGAUAAAUAUGCUGCAAGGGAGCACAUAUACUUUCGUCUUGUGCAGCUCCUUGUUGUAGUCUUUUUCAUAGUUUUACUUGUUGCUCUACUGCAGUUCACAGCUUUUAAAUUUAGUGAUCUCUUCGUCAGCCUGUUGGCUUUUAUCCCUACUGGUUGGGGUUUCAUUUCAGUCGCUCAAGUCUUACGUCCCUUUUUACAAAACACUAUGAUAUGGGGAACUAUUGUGUCCGUGGCACGACUAUAUGAGAUAAUGUUUGGGAUUAUUGUCAUGGUACCCGUGGCUGUACUGUCUUGGUUGCCUGGUUUCCAACCUAUGCAGACAAGGAUCCUAUUCAAUGAAGCAUUUAGUAGAGGUCUGCGGAUAUUCCAGAUUGUGACAGGAAAAAAGCCUAAGAGUGACGUGUGAUUUGAGAGUACCCACCCAACUGCAUCCGUUUGUUUGGUUUUACUUUCAUCUCGUUUUGGGCCAAUUAUAGAAGAUGAAAAGAAUCAAAGCUGUUGGAGUCCUGGUUUACUUGGUUAAACUAAGUAUUGUACUCUCUUCUUGCACAAGACACUUCUGUAAAUCUAUAAUUUUCACAUCUAAAAAUGAUGAUUGUUACUAUUUGUAGUUUACAUAUUCUAUUGUGGACUACUUCGUGGAUAAAACAUGUAUUCUUAUUGUGGACUAACAUAUGCACAAGCUUUAGUUUGGGAUGUGUUUCUAGACUUGUGCUUUCUUAUAUCUCUGAAAAGUUUCAAUCAGUUUGAUAUAGAUAAAGUAAGAUUACUCAAUGUUUAUUUAGUGGCACUGAGGUUCUUAAAGUCUGGUCUUUCUUUGGAUUGUUGAAAGUUCGGAAGAUAAAUAAUAAUAUUCAUGAGUUGCAGUCUACACGUGAAUGUCUUCUUAAAUUGGCCAACACACUACUGUUUUUGACCACAUUUGAAUUAUUCCCCUUCAACAGAAACUCUUCUGUCUGUGUAGAUCAACUUAUGACUAGUCACUAGUACCUUAUAUAUGAAGAUUACAAUGUUUCUCACUUUAUAGUAAGAAUAUUAACAGCUUAGACUUGGAAGGCUAUCUUGUUUUAGUAGGAUGCUUUUAUCAAGUUAACAUUGUUACCUCUCGUGGAUGUUGAUCGUCUAAUGAUACUUUCAAAAACUUCAGAAGCCAAUUUAUAGGUCCAAUUUCUCCUAGCUAUGUACUCUUAUUCUUAUUCCAUAGACACUAGUUAUUUUCUAGCUACGUAUAGCUCCUAAAAUAGGUUUAUUCAAUUAGCUAAAAUAUCCAUCCUUUUUGUUGCCUCUACUGGAAUUUAUGUUUCUGAUCAUUCCUCGAUUGCUGGAAUUAUUUACUAUGUCACUACAACUCUCUUCUUUCCUCACUUUUAUGAUUCACUGGAACAUUAAGUAUGAGUGCUCCAUGUACUUAAAUGUCCAAUAUACAUGUGGCAAAUAGGGCAAGGUAUGGAAACCUUCUCAACUCUUUGAUUUUGUAGUUAAAUUAUGGUCUAGUUAGGUUGUUAGGCAGUUAUUCAAUUAUUUGUUUAGUUCACCUACUAUCUUGUUUGGAGUUGAAUCAUGCAUAUCUGCUACUUUUAGUGUUAAAUUUGAAGUUGACUUUUAAAAGUUAAAUUAAGAUAAUCUUAGAAGUUACAUAUGAAAAAAUAAUAUUAGAAUUUACUUAUAAAGAGACAACGGUAUAUUUCAAUUUAUUGUGAGCCUUUCAACUAUCCUUCAGUAUGGAGUUAAUCUAUGGUUUAAUCUGAUUUUUCGUAAGCUGGAUUAUAUGUAAAUCUAUUUGCUAGCACUAAAGCUGAAGCUGACUCUCAAGUAAAGAUAUUAGGAUAACAUUUAGCUGCCUUUUAAAUUUCAAAAUCUGCUGCUCUAACUCGUGGAAUCUUUUUACUCGUUUUCCACGAUCAAUUUUUUUGAAAACUAAUCUGUUUACUCAAAUGUCCAGAAUAAUUUGCUACAUUUAACGUAUCUCUGAAGUGUUUCCACUUUCCAAUUCAUAUACUAGUAAGAAAGCCAAAAUUUUAUUGGAAAAGCACGAGGGAAGUAGAUUCGAGUAAAUAGUACUCCUACCAACCAAAGCUUUGCUUGUUUUUCUAGAAUAUUAUAGUAGUAGUAGGCUGAACUAGUGAUAUUGGGAGAGGAUCAAUCCUAUUAAUCGGAUUUAUGCUACUGUUUGUUUUUCUAUGAUACUAGUUUAGGAUACGUGUGUUGCAUGUGUAUCAAACGUUUUUAAGAAUAAACGUAUAUCAAAAAUAUAUUAGGUGUGCGUCUGAUAAUUUAUUAAGUACAGAAUAUUUUAAAAAAACAAUGUAAAAUUUUCAAGAUAAAAAAGUGUUAGUUGAUUAAAGAGGAAUUUAGUCGUUAUACUUAUUUCUUAAUUUUAAAAGAACGUUGUUUUUACAAAUAUUUAUUUUUAUUUUUAGGAUUUUAUAUAUUUGUACUGUAUGUAAAAUGUAAUUAUGUUUGAAACAAUUGCAUAUCUAUAUUAUUUUCAUUGUCAAAUUAUGUUUCACUUGUAAUGAGAUGAUUGAUAAUAAUAGAAAAUAUAUAAUUUAAUUGAAAACAUAAAGCAUAAGAAUUAGUUUUAAAGCUUUUGUAUAUGUUAAAAAUACUUCAUAUAAAUUAAUAAGUAGAGUGUAAAUUUAUACUCCCUCCGUCCCAUUUUAUGUGUCGCUAUUUCCUUUUGGGUCCAUCCCAAAAAGAAUGUCACCUUUCCUUAUUUGGUAACUAUUUAAUGGCAUCAUUCCCAUUUUAUCCGUAGUGGGUUCCACUUAUUAAGAAAAGACAACUAAAGGUUAAACAUUACAAUAACUUUAAGAGAAACAAUUUUGUAAACUUUACGAAGUCAUUACUUAUUUCUUAGACUCCGUGCCCGGUCAAAUGACGACACAUAAAAUGACAUUUUAUAUUUUGGGUUUGUUAUAUUGCUAUCGGUACUAAGCCGGGGGUCUCUCGGAAAUAGCCACUCUACUUCACCUAGGUAGUGGUAUGGUCUACGUACACUCUACCCUCCCCAGACCCCACUAUGUUGGAAUACACUGGGUAUGUUGUUGUUGUAUAUAUAUAAAAACAUGCAUUUUGAAGAAUAAACUGAUAAACCAUGGCCCAAAUCCGAAAAGGCCCAAUAAAUUAAAACAUAGAGAGAAAA